AUGUUAGAUAAAUCUUCUCGUGUAAUAUCAUCGUAUGUUCGUAAUAUAUUUAUAAGAAAUACAUUAUUAAAAAAUGAAUACGGAAUAUUUGAGUAUUCAUUUAUAAGAAAUUAUAUAUAUAUAAGGAAUGAGAAUAGUCCAAAAAAAAUUUUAAAUAUUGAUAUAAGAAAUUUUGUUAAUAUUAUAAAUAAUAAUAGUGAUAAAGGAGUAUAUAAAGAAAUUAUAAAUAUAUCUUCUGUGCGUAAUAUAAAAAGUGGAGAAAAAGAAAAAAGUACAGAUAAACAUAAAUAUAAAAAUAAAAAUAACAAGGAAAAUAAUAUAUUAUUAAAUAGUAUAAAAAAUAAUAAUUUAAUAUCAUAUAAUAUAAAUGAUAAUUUAUAUUAUAAACAAGACAAGUCUAUAGGAAGUAAUAAACUUCCCUUAAAUUAUAUUAAAAAGAUAAAUAAUAAUAAGAAUAUUAUAUUUAAGUAUCAUCGUUAUAUUAAUAAUUAUAAUAUUAAAAAAUAUACAAAUAAAACUUUUAGGAACUUGUUUUUUAAUAUAAAUGAAGAAUGCACAAUGGAGAAUAAAUUCUUAGGGAAAUAUGAAGAUAAUAAUAUUUUAUAUGAGAAGGAUAUAAAAAAUAAUUAUGAUUUAGAUCAAUCAGAAUAUGAGAAAAAUGUUUUAAUAAAAAGCGAUUUAAAAAAAGAAAAAACAAAAUAUGUUUUUAAAGAAUUUUCUGUUUUCUCUUUUAAUAUAUUAGCUAAUAGUCUAGUUGAUUAUAAAUAUGAUAGUAAUGGAUAUAACAUUAUGCAAUGGAUGAAUAGAAAAAAAUGGAUUCAUCAAAAUAUUAUGAAUAAAUUAUCAGAUAUUAUAUGUUUACAAGAAAUAGAAGAAAGUUAUUUUAUAGAAUUAAAAAAUGAAUUAGAAAAAUUACAUUUUAAAGGUUUAUUUUUAAAAAAGAAAAAGGAUACAUGUAAAGAUGGUAUAUGUAUUUUUUAUAACACCAAAGUUUUUGAGCUCUUAUUUUUUGAUGAAGUCAUAUAUGAUAAAUCCUCUUUGCUUAAAAAAUGGCAUGUAGGUUUAAUAGUAGCUCUAAGAAAUAUUAUAUCAAAAAGGAUAGAACAUUUUGAAGAGAAUGAUGAUAAUAAUAUGAAUAAAAAAAGUUAUAAUAAGGAAUAUAAUAGUACUAAAGGGGAAAAUAACUUAGAAAAUAGUGAUACUCACAUAAACAACAAUAACAACAACAACAAUAAUAAUAAUAAUAAUAAUAAUAAUUUUAAUAUAUUUAAUAUGUGUGACGAUAUUGUUAUAGUUUCAAAUACACAUCUAAUUUUUGAUUCAUACAAAGGAGAUGUAAAAUUAUAUCAAAUAUGUUAUAUGACAUACCGUUUAAUUCUUAUGAUGAAGAAAUGUAUCAAUUAUAUAAAGAAAAAGAAGAAAGUAAAUCAUAAUAUAGAUAGCAAUUACUCAUCUGAUAAUUGUAUAAAUGAUUUUUUUGUAUCAUCAAAUGAUGAUAAGUUUCUUAAACCAUCUAUUAUACUAUGUGGGGAUUUUAAUAUAACACCAAAUAGUUUAUUAUAUUAUUUUAUAAUUAACAGAUUUAUUAAUUUAAAACAUAUGAAUUUAAAAUAUCUUUCUGGACAAUAUCUAAUGUUUAAUAAACAAUAUUAUUUUUAUAAUUAUUUAAAAGGAAUUGAAAUUACAAAAAUAUUUGAUGAUAAUAUUGUGAAUGACUUGAAAUAUGCAUGUGGUAAUAAGUUACCUGAACAAAUCAGAAACGAACCAUUAUUCUCAAUUUUUAAAGAUGAGCAAAUAUUGAAUGAGGAAUAUUUAUUAAAUCUUAUUAGUAAAAAUAAUAAUAACAACAACAACAAUAAUAAUAAUAAUAAUAAUAAUGAUAAUAUUUAUUUGAACUCUUAUAUAGAUAAUUACAACUCUUUUGAGGAUUCAUUUUAUAUUAUAAAAAAUAAAGAUAUACAAAACAAAACAUAUCAUAAUUAUAUUGAAAAAAGUAAUAAUAUAAUAUCAAUAAAUGGAAAAAUUAAAAAUAUGAACAAUAUAAAUGAUAAUAAUGAAAAGGAAAGUAGUUAUGAUAGACAAUUAAAUGAGAAGGAUAGAAGAAGUAUUCAUAUGAAUUUAAAUGAAGAACAUAAUGAUAACAUAUUAGAUAAUGAAGAAGAAGAUUUUAUAUUAUAUUAUCCAUUAUAUUUUAAAAGUAUAUAUAAUAAAAGUACAAAUAAUAUUGUUGAAAAAUCAUGUUAUAAAUAUGAUAGUAUAGAUAAAUUAAAUAAUUUAGAAAAUAACUUAAUGCUGUGUCAAAUGCCUUUUACUGUUUUUCAUGGUAAACAAAAAGGGUGUGUAGAUUAUAUAUUUUAUUCGUACAAAAAUCUUAAGGAAGUAUCAUAUACCGAUUUACCCCCUUUUGACAAGCUAGCCAAAUAUGGAUGUUUACCUAAUGAAAAAUAUGCCUCGUCUGAUCAUUUGUAUUUACAUGCUACCUUAAUUAGGACAAUAGAGGAAUAA